GCAGAUGAAUUCUCUGACCUGGGACGGUACACUUGGGCGGCCCCAAAUCGGCGAUGAGCCGCUGAGCCCGCCCUUGAGCUGCCUGGGCGACAUGAGCAUGGUCGCCAAGGAGGUGUCCGCGAACGAGUUUGAGAUUUCCCCGGCCUCGGAGCCUUUGCUCGAGAGGCGCAACACAGACAAUAGCGGCGUCUACCAGUGGAUGGGUGGCCUCGCUCUGGCGCUCCUUGCAGGAGCCCUGUAUGCGGUCAUGUAUGUGCCGCAGCUGCUGUGGAAGACUCGUCUGCAGGAAGAAGGCUACAUUGCUUCCGGCCUGGACUACUUCUACUCCCUCACUGUAAUGCAUGUCAUGACAGAAAUUGAGGCGACGACUGAGGAAUAUAUUGCAGUGCUUUGUUGCAUUGCCCGGCUCGACGUGUCUGCUCAAGCUGCAGCCGCAACCAUCGACCGUCCUUCCUUGUCAUUCCUUGCCGACAGACUUUGCAGCAUCAUGGCGACGAAGGUGGGCAUCAACGGAUUCGGCCGUAUCGGGCGCAUGGUCUUCCAGGACACGGCAUGGAGUUUCGGCAUCCAUUCCGGCAACUCUGAGGGCCGGGACUCGCUGCCGGAGGGACUUUGCGCUGUCUUGUGCAAGCACCGUGAGGCCAUUCAGUCGAUUCGCCAGCAACAGGUUGGUAUCCUAAAAUCGCUGUCGGAUUUGGAGGACGCCUGGUUGCAGUCCGUGGCCUUGCAAGACUUUGACGUCCGUCUUCACGAGGGGACGACAGGGGAGAUGGCUGGCACUCCUGAUCAGGAUGGCGAGGCCCGGCCCCGACAGACCCUUGAAUGCAUGGCCAUGGUGACGGAAGCGACGGAGAAUCUGGAAGCCCGCCGUAACAUCAGCAUCCACAAGAACACGGAGGUCUCCCGCGUUUUGGCCAGGAUCAAGGAGCAGAACACCCGAUCACAGCUAGAUCCACCAUCGGUGGAGGAAGGCUUUUGGCCGCAUCUCCGCUUCCAUUGCCAACGUCUCGUCGAUGCAGCUUGGUUCGAGUGCUUCGUUUCCAUGGUGAUUGUGGCGAACUCAGUACUGAUCGGCUUGGAAACAGAGAUGUCGUUGAACGGCCAAGAUCAGACCUGGGCCCAUGGUGCCGAGAUGGCGUUUCUCUUCAUCUAUGCUGUGGAGAUUCUCGUCCGUUCCAUUGCGCAGCAGUGGGCUUGCUUACGAGAUUGGUGGUUCCUUUUUGACUUCUUCUUGGUGCUCGGGGCUUGUGCAGGGCAGCUGGCACUUGUGUGGACAGGAGAGUCGGCGGAACAAAUCAUGGUCCUUCGGCUCCUGCGCUUAAUGCGGCUAGCUCGCAGCCUGCGCAUGAUCAGGCAGAUUCGAUCGAUUUUUCGGCUCGUCUACGGACUAAUCACCUGUGGCGAAACCAUCUUCUCCACCUUUGCCUUGCUUUCAUUAGUCAUCUACGUCUUCGGCGUGCUUGGUGCUGAGGUCAUCGCAAGCAACACAGAACUCCAGGACAACCCCACGACUGGCCCGAUCAUUACAAACCACUUUUCCUCGUUGGGCAUGACGAUGAUGAUGUUGACACAGUUCGUUACGAUGGACUCCAUUGCCUCUGUCUACAAGCCACUGAUCUUGCAGGAGCCUCUGCUGCUGCUCUACUUCUUGCCUCUCGGGGCCAUCGUGUCCAUCGCGCUCAUGAACUUGAUCACGGCUGUUCUCGUGGAAGGUGCACUUGAGAGUGCCCGACAAGAUCGCGAAGAGGAGCGCAAGAUGGAAAGUAUCACCACGAAGCAGAUGCUGCCGGAGAUCAUGAGAAUCUUCGAGACACUAGACGCAGAUGGGAAUGGCGAGAUCGACAUCGAGGAAAUGGCCCGCUUUGAUAAGCCAGGCAAAGGCGGGGGCAGUGGCGUCAACCGCCGGAUCUUGGACCGUGCUGCGGUGGACAGCAUGGAGGAGCUUUUCACGAUUUUGGAUGUAGACAGCUCUGGGCGGGUCUUUCGCAUGGAGUUUGAGGAAGGGUUGCUGAACAUCUUCCUCCGUGAGGUGCCUGUGUCAUCACUCCAGAUUCUGAAGAUGAUCCGGCUCCUCCGCGAUUCCAUCGGCGAGCUGCAUGCAGAACUCAGGUUAGUUCACAUGCCGAGCCUUCUUGCGGGCUGGGGGCUCAGAGAGUUGCAACCGAGCCCUGGGCAAAGCACCCGGGAUGUGGGCAAGGCUGCGGCAGUUGUGCCGGAAUCUCUCCAGCUGAAGCUCUGUGCUGCCGCGGCUUCCCUCUCCUCGGUGGGAUUGAUUUUACUCCAUGCCAUUUGCGAUCAGGGCUUGCUUGGCUCCAAGCUGGACGUUGUUGGUGUGGUCGACAUGUCCACCGAUGCUGAGUACUUCGCCUAUCAGAUGAAGUAUGACACCGUUCAUGGCAAGUUCAAGCACGAUGUGAAGAUCGGAGAUAAGGAUGAACUCAUUGUCAAUGGCCACAAGAUCAAGUGCAUCAUGGCCAGCCGCGAGGGGCCUAAGGCGCUGCCAUGGAAGGAGCUUGGAGUGCAGUUCGUGAUUGAGUCCACGGGCUUGUUCGUGGAGUACGAGAAGGCGUUGGGCCACAUUGAGGCAGGCGCAGAAAAGGUGAUCAUCUCCGCCCCAGGCAAGGGCAAUUUGAAGACCCUGGUCUGCGGCGUCAACCACACCGAGUACGACAAGGCCAACCACCAUGUGGUGAGCAACGCCUCCUGCACCACGAACUGCCUUGCCCCGAUCUGCCAUGUGCUCCUCAAGGAGGGUGUCGGCAUCGAGAAGGGUCUCAUGACCACCAUCCAUGCCUACACCGCCACACAAAAGACGGUGGAUGGCGUGUCUGCCAAGGACUGGCGAGGAGGUCGUGCAGCCGCAUGCAACAUCAUUCCUUCUGCGACGGGGGCUGCAAAGGCCGUGGGUGAGGUGCUGCCCAGCACAAAGGGCAAGUUGACCGGCAUGGCAUUCCGAGUGCCAACUCCGGAUGUCUCAGUGGUGGACCUCACUUUCACGGCAGAGAAGGACACGUCCAUCCAGGAGAUCGACUCGCUGUUGAAGGCAGCCUCUGGUAGCUACAUGAAAGGUGUUCUCUCCUACACCGACGAGGAGCUGGUGUCCAUGGAUUUCGUUCACAACGUCAACUCCUCCAUCUACGACUCCAAGGCCACUCUGCAGAACAACCUGCCGGGCGAGAAGCGAUUCUUCAAGGUCGUGUCCUGGUACGACAACGAGUGGGGUUAUUCCAACCGAGUUGUCGACCUGCUGAUGCACAUGAUUGUGGGAGUUUACUUGACCUCCACAGUGUGGCUUCUGUGCGGUGGUGCCUACCGAAGGUACUUGCGACAGACGGUCGAGAAGUCCGUUCUUCGACCGGCGCUGCUUUCGGGUCUCCUCUAUGGCCUUGCCGUUCUAUGCUUCUUGUACAGCAUGACUGUGUUACCCUUUGCCAUUGGCUAUGCGCUGGGCUGCGGAGGUGCUUUAGCUGUUAGCUUGCUUUGGGGCGUGCUGGCCUUCGGCGAGGCGGCCAGCAUGCACAACCGCCGGUGCAUCCUGUAUCUUGGAAGAUGUGCGUUCUCGGGGCAGCAUCAGAUAUGGUGGGUGCUCCUUCUGCGGGGUCUUUACGGGAAUCGUCCUUUUGGGCGCUGCCGCCUAGGAAGACUGCCGUCGAGGCCUCGUCGGGUCAUUGAGACCGCGGGUCGUGCGCCUGCACUCCUGCUGUCUAGUCUGGGGACUUCCCGGCCCGAAGACCUUGCCAUCUGGGCAGAGGAAGACCUGAUUCCGCAAAUCCUACACACCCGCGCAUCGAGAUUCCCAGAAGAGCCAAAGUCCGGCCCAAAGUCCCUGGAAUGGUCAUCCUCUUUGGCUUUCCCAGCGAUCCGAGUCAAGAUUCCUUGCGAAACAUCCAGCUCAGGUCAGGUCGAGAAAAAGCAUGUCACACUCCAGUUCCCAAGCAUCUUGAAACUAGAUGCGGAGGAAGAAGAAGAGUAG